CCGUUGCCUUGUGAAUCAAGCGCCAUAGUCACCGUAGUCCUGGCGACUGUUACCCAUCAACAACAACGGCUCCUCUCCUCCUCUUCCACCACCUCCUCCUCCUCCUGCUGCUGUUCCUCCUCACCCCCGUCCUCACCAUCAUCACCCACAACAACAACAACCACCACCACCGCCACCAGCAAGAGCAACACCACCACAGCCCUCCACAGCCCAGAAACAACAAUGCAGACGUCAGAGACUGUGUCGGACACAGGUUCGACAGUGACUUUACAGACUUCUGUAGCUGGUCAAGCAGCUGUGCCUACCCAGGUGGUACAACAGUUACCAGUGCAACAACAGGUUCAGCAAGUACAAACUGUACAACAGGUACAGCAUGUAUACCCAGCCCAAGUACAGUAUGUGGAGGGAAGUGAUACAGUCUACACAAAUGGAGCUAUACGAACAACAACGUAUCCUUACACAGACACUCAGAUGUACAGCCAAAAUACUGGGGGGAAUUACUUCGAUACCCAAGGAAGCUCUGCACAGGUGACAACUGUGGUCUCUUCUCAUAGUAUGGUGGGCACUGGAGGCAUUCAGAUGGGUGUCACUGGAGGACAACUCAUCAGCAGCACUGGAGGUACCUACCUGAUUGGCAAUUCAAUGGAAAACUCUGGCCAUUCAGUGACUCAUACAACCCGAGCCUCCCCAGCUACAAUUGAAAUGGCGAUUGAGACACUGCAAAAGUCUGAUGGUCUGUCCACUCACAGAAGCUCUCUUCUCAACAGCCAUCUCCAGUGGCUUUUAGACAACUAUGAAACAGCAGAAGGAGUGAGUCUCCCCAGAAGCACCCUCUACAACCAUUAUUUGAGACAUUGUCAGGAGCAUAAAUUAGACCCAGUUAAUGCUGCCUCUUUUGGAAAACUAAUAAGAUCAAUUUUCAUGGGCCUACGGACCAGAAGAUUGGGAACCAGGGGGAAUUCCAAAUAUCAUUACUAUGGGAUUCGUGUCAAGCCAGACUCUCCUCUUAAUCGACUACAAGAGGACAUGCAAUAUAUGGCUAUGAGGCAGCAACCCAUGCAGCAGAAACAAAGGUACAAGCCUAUGCAGAAAGUGGAUGGAGUUGCAGAUGGUUUCACAAGUGGUCAGCAGACCGGCACAUCUGUUGAACAAACUGUAAUUGCCCAAAGUCAGCAUCAUCAACAGUUUUUGGAUGCAUCUCGAGCACUUCCAGAGUUUGGAGAAGUUGAAAUCUCUUCUUUGCCAGAUGGUACUACUUUUGAGGAUAUUAAGUCAUUGCAGAGUCUCUAUCGAGAGCACUGUGAGGCAAUAUUAGAUGUUGUAGUGAACCUUCAGUUUAGCUUAAUAGAAAAAUUGUGGCAGACUUUCUGGCGUUAUUCUCCUUCAGCAACAACUGAUGGCACAACCAUUACUGAGCCAAGCAAUCUGAGUGAAAUAGAAAGUCGACUUCCGAAAGCAAAGCUGAUUACUCUGUGCAAAAAUGAGUCAAUUCUGAAAUGGAUGUGUAACUGUGACCAUGUGAUGUACCAGGCUUUGGUGGAGAUUCUCAUUCCUGACGUCCUUAGACCUAUUCCUAGUGCCUUGACCCAAGCCAUUCGCAAUUUUGCAAAAAGCCUUGAAGGUUGGCUUUCCAAUGCCAUGAACAAUAUUCCACAGAGAAUGAUUCAAACCAAGGUUGCCGCUGUAAGUGCCUUUGCUCAGACUCUGCGAAGAUACACAUCUCUCAAUCAUCUGGCUCAGGCAGCUCGUGCUGUGCUGCAGAACACUUCUCAGAUCAACCAGAUGCUUAGUGACCUCAACCGUGUUGAUUUUGCCAAUGUCCAGGAGCAGGCUUCCUGGGUGUGCCAGUGUGAUGACAAUAUGGUACAGAGGCUGGAAACAGAUUUCAAGAUGACUCUUCAGCAGCAGAGCACUCUGGAGCAGUGGGCUGCCUGGCUAGAUAACGUAAUGAUGCAAGCACUGAAACCCUAUGAAGGAAGGCCUAGUUUUCCUAAAGCAGCUCGACAAUUUCUGUUAAAGUGGUCUUUUUACAGUUCAAUGGUUAUUCGAGAUUUAACCUUGCGCAGUGCUGCUAGCUUUGGUUCUUUUCAUCUGAUCCGUCUAUUGUAUGAUGAAUACAUGUUUUACUUAGUUGAACAUCGUGUUGCUCAAGCCACAGGAGAGACACCUAUUGCAGUUAUGGGAGAGUUUGGUGACUUAAAUGCAAUAUCUCCUGGAAAUAUGGACAAAGAUGAAGGCAGUGAAGUUGACAGUGAAAUAGAUGAAGAAUUGGAUGAAGCUGGGGAGCCACAAGCAAAAAGAGAAAAGACUGAAAUUAGCCAGGCCUUUCAGGUGGGCUGCCUCCAGCCAGUCGUCAUGGAAAGUGGAGUACAGCAGAACCUCCUGAGCCCUCUUCACAAUGAGCACAUUGUUACAGCUACUCAAACUAUCAGACAGUGCAGUACUACUGGAAAUACAUAUACUGCAGUCUAACAAAAAUUAAAGCUCUUUUUUCCCCCAGAUUA